AUGAAUUUUGAUGCACCUGCAGAUCAGCAUAUGUCUGACAGAAGGUAUUUUGCCCUCGAAGUGGCAGAAAGUGAUGAUGCUGCUAGCUCCUUGACUUCCUCAUCCAUGGGCAGUCCAGGAAGAAGGGUUGGCAAGAUUGCUUCAUAUAAGAAUUCAGUAGAAGAUGAGAAUCAGUGGUAUUUUGCUUCCUCACAUUCUCCAAUGUCAAAAACGCGUCCCGUGGGUAGAACAACCGAAAACGAUGAUAUCCAUGGUAAGAGAUCUUCUACUGGUUCAUCUCUUAAGCAACUCUUCAACAAGAUCGAUAUCAAUGAUAGUGCUCACUCUUCAAACAAAGAAAAUGUAUCUCAAGCAAUGUUAUCAGAAAAUAGACUACCCUCUCCUGCUAAGAGAUUGUCGAAACAAAGUCACUCAAAGGUAAAUAAUUCCAAGUUUCGUGUGCCAUUGAGGCCCAUUUCAAAUCAAUCAACUUUAUCAAGGGAUGAAGGGAUUAAAGAUUUUAGUUCGCUAAAGUUUCGGGGCGGUGAUGGCUCCAAAUGCAGAAAUAUAAACAGUGACAAGAGAUUCAGUUCCCAUGUUCAUUCACCCAGUGUGAACUCAAUUGAUUCAUUCGCUUCCAAUGCGUCUUCAUCAAAAUGGAAGUUCUGGAAGAACGAUAACCUGUUGUCCAGAUCUUCGUCUUCGAGAUCAGUGAAUGAACAAGCUCUUAAUUCUGUACAAUCAAAGCCAAUUAAUCCGUUGCAAAAAAAAUCAUCAAUUUCAAGUUUUCAUAACUCAAUUUUUGGCGGAGGUAACCACACAGAGAAGAAGAGAAAUUCUGGAUUCAUUAUGCCUGAUCGUCAGAGCACAAAGGAAUUAAACCAUAAACACUCAUCAUCAAGCCUUUCCUUUAGAAGUUUGAAGCACAAAACGUCACAUUCUUCUCUAAACAAACUUAAGAUAAGGCGCAAAGGGAACACACAAGAAUCGAAUAAUCAAACCAAACCAGCUUGCCAGAUCUCAUUACCAGUCCCAGAUCAAGUGUCGAAAGACAAGAUCCAACUGAAAUUGAAAAACUCGACCUCAUUGGCGUCCCUAUCAUCGGAAGUUACUCCGAUAAAUACUUUGGACUAUAAUGAUUCGAUUUUACAGCAAAUAUUGCAACUUUGUGACGUAAAGUAUAUCUUACGUGAUUCCUUUGAAGCUCAAUCAUUAAAUCUGUUUAUGUUGAAUGCUAAAUCAGUUCAGUUAUCCCAUAAUCUUUGGCAAACUUAUCAUAGCGAUACCCAAACUUCCGUCAUUUGCAAGAAAAUUUAUCUUGGUGCCUUAAGUGAUCUGACUACUUCAAACUUGAUAUCUCUACAUGAAUUAAAAUCACUACGCCUUUUACAAGGAACCAGUGGUGUUGCUCAUUUAUUGCAGGCUUAUGUGAUGCCCUCAGAUCAGGGUAGUGGUGGCGAAGACCUGGCGUUAUACUUAUUUUUUAAAAAUCAUGGGACUCCCUUGUCUGGAUGUUCCAACAUCAAUUAUUGUCAAGCAUUGUCCAUUUUCUGGCAGUGCGCUAGCAUUCUAUAUGUCGCUGAAUCUAAAUUUCAGUUCGAACACAGAAAUCUGACUCUGGAUCAUAUUUUGAUAGAUUCUAAGGGAAAUGUUACUUUAAUUGAUCUGAAAUGCUGCCGUUUCUCAAGCACGGGAACCAAUAAAACCUCCUAUACGAGAUUAGAUCACCAUUUCUUCUUUCAAGGGAGAGGUAAUCUACAGUUCGAGAUAUAUGAAUCGAUGAGAAGUUUGCUACCUCAACCGGCGUCCUGGUGUACAUCUGAACCAAGGACGAACAUAUUGUGGUUGUAUUAUAUCAGCGUUAACCUACUAAAUAUGGGCAAAAAAGAUUUGAGCACCCAUGCUUUUAGUCAUGAAGAAAGCAUUUUAGUCAAAUUGACACGCUUACUUGAUCCUGUUCGAAAACAUUCCAAGAAAAUUUUCAAGAAAAGGGAAUGUGCUAUAAGAACUUGUGGUGAUCUAUUAUCUUCGAAGCAAGAAAUAAUGCAAUAA